AUGGCGGCGCUACAAGGUCCAGAAAUUCAAUUUGCACAAAAGUUAGCGUCAAACGAAAAACCUAUCCGAACAAAAGCAUUGAAAAAGUUGAGAAAAUAUAUAGGUGUCAGAUCACAGAAAGCGGCUGGUGGGUUUACAAGUGAAGAGCUGCUAAAGCUAUGGAAGGGUCUCUUCUAUUGCUUGUGGAUGCAGGACAAACCGCUUUUACAGGAGGAGCUUUCAAACACAAUUUCCACACUGAUUCACAGCUUUCACGAUACCAACGGACAAAUAUUAUUUAUAGAGAGCUCCCUCAAGACCUUCAAAAGAGAGUGGACUGGUAUCGACAGACUACGAAUGGAUAAGUUUUUCCAGCUGGUCCGCUUCAUGUUCAGGCAAAGCUUUGAGAUGCUGAAGAAUAAAGAAUGGGAGAGCAGCGUGGUUGCACAAUUUCUAGAUGUGUUUGCUACAGAGCUCCUGAUUGCUGGAAAUGAUGCACCCACUGGUCUGCAACUCCAUAUCUUGGACCUCUACUUGACUGAACUGGCAGCUGUGGGUUCAGCGGAGCUUACUGCUGACCAGAACCUACAACUGAUAGAACCAUUCUUCAAAACGGCAGCCAAAACCAAGGAUCGGACUCUUUUCCGAGCGAUCUGCAUCAACAUCUUCAGCACGAUUAUUGACCAGGCUCCCUUAGCCAUUGAGGAUCUGAUGAGAGAGCUGAAUGAAAAUGUGUCUUCUGAUUCAGGCCAGUCCUCUGAAGGGGAAGAGGAGGAGAACCCAGUUAAGAAGAUUAAUGGUAGCAAAUCAAGCAAAAAAGGUCGUAAACUUCAGUCAGGAGAAUCUGACAAGGAAUUACCCGUUGAUGACGACGCGAUACCAGUUUUACAGUUUGAUUAUAAAGCAGUAGCAGACAAGCUGUUCGAGGUGGCAAGUCAAGGUAACGUACCCAGCCUGAAUAGACGGAGGAUCUACAAAAUCACAAGAGUGCUUCUGAAUCUGAGUGAAGGCAUCUUCCCGCAAGUUCGCCGUCCAGAAGAAGUCUCUUCAGAUGAGGAUGAUGAGUUUGACAGCAGAAAGAGGAAGAAGAGGCAACUAGCAACUAGCAAUCGAAAGAAAAAAAUGAAACUCAAGGGAGUUAGUGACUCUGGUAAAGAUGACGUGAAGGCAACAGACGGGAUUGUAAAAAAUACCAAAAAGCCAAAAAAGAAGAAAAAGAAGGCAAGGCUUGAUGGGAAUGCCAACGUGUCUGAUGUGGUCGAUACUCAAGUUACAAAUCAGAAUGGGUUGCCUGGUAAGGCAAAAAAACAGACCUCUGUUACGGCCUCAGAAGAAGUGAGCCAGCCUAAUUCUUGUAUAACUAACAAUAAAUCGAAAAAGAAAAAAAAGAAACAAGCUGUAGAUGUUAAACUAGAAGAAGUAGGGAAUAGUAAGACGUGCACUACACAGGAGGUUAACACAAUUGUAGAAACAGCAGAGUGUGCGAGCACCUCAGAAACCAGUGUUCAGCUUAAGUCAAAAGUUGACAAAACGGGACCUCAAACUACCGCCGAGGUCACAUCGAAUGAACCUGGAACUCAAGCCUUAAAUUCCCCCAAGACAAAUAAGAAGCGUCGGAAGGCUAAGAAAGUUGAGUUGCCUCCUUCGUCACAGCAAACCCAGUUAGAUUCUCCAUCAGUCCCUUGUGAUACUUCUGCUGAUGUUGCCACGGAGUUCAAACCUGAAAAUAUAACUGAUGCUACACCCUUGACUAAAAAGAGUAAAAAAGGUAAAAAUAAGAUCACCCUUACAAGUCCAAGUACUACUAGUGAAAGUGAACCUACAUUUGAUCAUCACGUGGUAACACCACUUAAGAAGAAUAAACAAAAGUCAGCACAAGUGAAAGAGGUUUGCAGAUUGGAAGAACCCAAGGUGUGUGAUGAGGCAUCCUCUUCCUCAGGGAAGCCAAAUAAGAGGAAAAGAAAAAUACCCGUCACGUUUGAGUAUGAGGCUGAUGAGCAUGAGUCUUCCCCAGCCAUCAAUGAAACUGCAGACACAACAUCAAGUGUUAAGAAGAUAAAAGUGACGUGUGGUUCAUCUACACCAAAAGCCAAGCCAAAGUUGGAGAACACAUCGUCAUGUGACUUGGUAAGAUUUCAGAGAAAGGCCAAAGUUCCUACACCACUCUUCUUCAGAGCAAAUUCAGGAAGUUGCAAAACCACAUUCGUGGGCAAUGAGAUGGGCCAAACUCCAACAUCAGACAGCAAGAAGGUGACCUUCCAGCUAAAGAGUAAUAAAACAGCUGAAUUCAGGAAGAAUGAUCGCAGCCUGUUACUUAGUCCAGAGGGUCCAUCAAAAGUGCCUUUUGACCCAAAACAAAAGCCCAAAUCCGGGGUCCUAAAGUCUUCUCCUACGCCGCUCUUCACCCGCAUCAAGAAGACUCCCACGGCUGGCAGGAAAAAGGGUUCGAGAACUCCAAAAAGCACACCUGGAAGACGUCCAACUGCGGCAGACUUUUUUUGA